ACCUAAAUAAAACUCCGCACGCUCCCGUGGCAGGUCAAAAACCCACGCGCACCCGCACAUCGCACACCCAAGCACACUCCCUCUGGCCGCUGCUCUUGCCCCGUAGCCACUCUCUCUUCACUCCUCUCCUUCUCGAGGCGGCCCCUUCUUCCGCCGGAGCUCUCCACCGCGCUCUGCUCCCGCCUCGUCAUGGAGGCGCCGCUGCUGGUGGCCGCGCUGCUGCUCCUGUCCUCGACCCUCGUCGUCUCCGAGUUCUGCGUGUGCAGGUCGGAGCAGCCGCAGGCGGCGCUGCAGAAGACCAUCGACUACGCGUGCGGGGCGGGGGCGGACUGCAACUCGAUCCACGAGCAGGGGCCGUGCUACAACCCCAACAACGUCGUCUCGCACUGCUCCUGGGCGGCCAACAGCUACUUCCAGAAGAAGAGGGCCAUGGGCGCCACCUGCGACUUCGGCGGCACCGCCCUCGUCGUCUCCACCGACCCAAGUUCUUCAGGCUGCUCCUACCCCUCAAGUGCAAGUGCUGCUGGAACAUCAACGACCCCGACCGGGACUGGGACUGGGAUCGGAGGCACAACAGGGGGAACCCCAGGCACCUUCACGCCCGGUGCCGGCACUAGCACCGGUGGCAUGGGAGGAACCGGCACGGGGACGGACACCACCACCGGGUUCGGCGGCCUGGGUCCAACAGGCACGAGCAACAUGGACACGGCAGCGGCGGGGUUGCAUCCAAGGUCCGGAGCGCCUGCCUUCCUCGCCGUGCUCCUCUCCUUCCUGGCAUUCGCGUGAAGUUCGAUCACUCGCUCACAUUCGCCCUGGGUAGAAGAAAGAAACCGCUUUGGUAAGCUUGUUGCAGGGCUAGCCUGAUCCAAGGACAAAGGAAGAAAAACCUGAUAUAUCUGACGGUGUGUCAAUGGCAUGCACAUGGUUUGGUGCCUUUUGUGUCCCUUGAUCUCUUGCUCCGUAAUUUGGUAAGAUGGCCGUCGCUUUCAUGCAUGGACCCUUGUCUUCCUUCCUCUCCUCUCCUCUGUUCCUCUUGUAAUUCUAGGGGAGUAGUAGUAGAUUAGUUGUUCAAGGUUGGUCGGACGUCGGAAUGAGAAUGUUGUUGGAACAAGGGCAUGCUAGUAUCAACUUAUGAUCAGGUUCACUCUCA